UCUAUUAGGCCAUGGCCAUUUUUAAAUAGCCGAACCUGUCAUCAAAAUUUUAUGUAUCAAUUUUCCAAAUUAUGUUAUAUUCUGAGCAUACACUAACAUGGACCAAAUUAGUUUACAAGAACCUCAAUCUCACGAAGAAAGUAUCAAAUCGCAGAACAAAUCAGUAAUACAUUCAGAAUAUCCUCUGACAUUGGAGGCUGAAAAUGAAACAUUAGGUUUUCCAAACAUGCCAUCCAUAUCUACCUUAAAUACCCAGAAGCCAUCAAGUCCUAUAUCGUCAAAAAGAGGUACUCCACGGGCAUCAAUUAAAAGUGAUGGAAAACGUAAUAGCAGAAUACUAAGUCCACAAAGUCCUAAAAGCAUAAGCCUUAAAUCUCCUGUGGGAGGCAAGUUAACUGACAUUGCAAGUAGUCUUAUUAGGGAACCUGAAAAAGAAGCAUCUAAGGAAGAUUUAAGUAUUACACGAGGCUCGGUUCCUGUUAUAAACAACAUAGAUAAAAUAGCUAACAUGACAAAGAAAUUAACAAGUGAAGCCAAUGCAUUAAGAGAAUCUAUAAAAAGUUUAAGCGAUGAUAUUACGAAAACUAAAGAAGUAUUUGCCGCCGAAGAUGCUGAAGAUGUUAAUUUUCCAUACCACCUUUUUCUUAUUGAGCUUAUCAUUAACAGAAUACAUAUGAAGUGUGAUUGCUUUGAGUUGGAUUACAACAACCUUGUCAUUGCUGCAAAUUUUCUUGGAAAGCAACCAAUAGUUCUCUACGACAUGUCUUAUGGAAAAGUUGUUGAUUUUGAUCACUUAAACGUUGGAAAAUCGAUCUUAUUCGCUAUGACAUACGAUAAAAUUUGCGGUAUUAAGGAGUUUGUUGUAAAUCUUCAAAUGUCUAAGCAACCACCUUGCUCAAACUGUGUUACGAAAAUUGCUGAAACGAAAAUGGAUUACACAAAACAAUUCUCCAAACUAAGAGAGGAACUAUGCAAAAAGUGGACAGAGGAACAGCCGACGGACAAUAUUAUAUGUACGACUUCUACGCCGCUAUCGAAACAAAUGUUUUAUUUAUAUUGUGGUGACAGCGACCAGAACGAGUCUAUCGGGAUGGUAGAAAUAACAACGCGAAUGUCUUUUCUUGGAAAAGAAAUUACAACGGCAUUUAGCGCUACAUCAAAACCUCAAGGAACUGCAUAUCUUCGAAAAGAAGAUAAUGGAAUGUCCCUCUAUGCAUGUCAGAAUGUUGAGAUGGACUGCCAAGGCAAAGUACUGCUAGACGAAGAGGUCCUUACGAGACGCGAGGUACCGCGUAGUAUGCACACGAUGUCGUCGCGUAGACCGGAAAGUCCAGUCUCACAGUUGUCAACUUUGUCUCCUCAAUCAACUAGAGAAUAUGUUGCCCAACAGAAACAUAUAUACAACCAAGAAAGCCCCAACAAAUAUGACGAAAUAUUUGCAAAAGUGAACUCUAAUGAAUUAAAAAUACGGGUGCCUAAAAGCACAAAGAUCGAUAGAAUGGGAAAAUACGAUAAGAUUCAAGAAUUAUGUACAUGUGAAGAAACUCCGUAUAACACUGGCGACCAAAUUCAGUUUCAACUGCCAAAUGACAGAGCCUCCAACACUUAUACGUCAAACUUAAUGUACACUCAUAAAACACACGAUAAGCGAUCAGAUAAAGAUAGGAGGAUCAUUAACAUAACACCAAGUAAUUGCCCGGUUCCAGUGAAUAUGUCGAAACAAAUACACCCCCAAAAAGAUGUUUUUAUUCUUAAAAUAGGAAAGAAAUUGGAAACAAAAGAUAAGAAAACAGAUCUGGAAAUUGAGCUCAUUACUCCAAAGGCGCCACAGCAACCCACAAUAAAUAAUAACUUAUCCCAGCAGUGUAGCUCCAGCGAUAUUAAAAUGAAACCGUCGAAAUCAGACGUUAAAAAGGGUAAAAAGAAAAAGACGAAAAGUAAAACGGAUUUAAAAGCGAAGAAGAAUAAAAACAAGAGCCCCAACAAAUCCAAGAAGAUAAAAAAAUAACUUUUUUAAUUUGUCAUUUUCAAAACAUUAAAAAUAAUAUAGUCUGAGGCGAUUGUGACUUUGUCGUUUUCUUUAUUGUAUUAUGGUACUCAUAAUUAUGACCCCCUAAAA